AUGGCCACCAACGGCGACCCCUCACCAACCGCCGGGGACCCCUCCCCCACCGCCGGCCUCCAAACCCACACCACCCCGAACAAAACCUGGCGCCUCACCACGCGCAAACUUCCCAUCCUCCGCGCCGGCCCCAUCGAAGCCCUGCACUCCCGCCUCACCAUCCCCGUUCCCGAAAUGAUCUUCGGCGACAACUACAUCCAGCUCACCCACCUGCCCACCUCCUUCUCGCUCGCCUUCAACGCCCCGGACGCCCUGGAUCGCGUGAGCAAGACGGAGGAGGGGAUGCUGCAGGUCGCUGUUGCGGAUGAGUGGAAGAAGGAUCGAAAGGGGCAGAUUGAGGAUGGGGUGGAGGGGGUGGUGAAGAAAUAUGAUUGGAGCUAUAGCACUGACUACCGCGGGACGACGAGCGGUGGGAAGGGGGAGGAGGGGUGGAGGGAGAGUACCGCCGACCACGACCCCAUACGGACGGAUCUGCUGAGCAAGCCAGAUCCGAUUCUGUUCUUCGACUCGGUAGAUCUCUACGAAGACGAACUCGCCGACAACGGCAUCGCGCUGCUCUCGGUCAAAGUGCGCGUGAUGCCCGAACGCCUACUCCUCCUCUCCCGCUUUUUCCUGCGGUUAGAUGGAGUGGUGGUAAGGAUACGGGAUACGAGGGUGUAUCUUGAAUACGCUACUGGGAAAGUGGUGAGGCAGUACACGGCAAAGGAGGAGGAGUACGAGGUACUGCGGGAGAAGCUGGGAGGCAGGAGAGAGGGCGUGACGGAGCAGUUGCGGGACGCGAAUGUGCUCGCGCCGCUUUUGAGGACGGUGGAGGAGAAGACGGAUGUUUAUGAAGUGGGGUGA